AUGAAUAUCGUCUCAUCUUCCCAAACCACUGCCUCCACUUCCCCAUCCUCCAAAAUUGCCACAACAGGCUCCCACAGUUAUGCUUUGCAUAGUUCUUCAAAGAAACACAUCUGGGUCAUUGACACCAGAGCCACUGAUCACAUGACCUUUGAUCCUAGACAAAUUACCUCUCAUACACCGUCUUCUCAAUCGGUGAUGUCUAAUGCUAAUGGUACCUCCUCUCCAGUAAUUGGGGAGGGUUCCCUCUCUCUCUCUGACUCCCUCACUUUGGAUUCGGACAUUCUUAGUAGCAAGAUGAUUGGUUGUGGUACUAGGAGGGGCAAACUCUACUAUCUGGACUUGAAAUUUGACAGUGAAGCCAGCCUCAGUCACGCUUACAAAAUUGGGGGUACGAGUGUUGAGAAGCAAACUUCCGAAGAACACGAUAUAUAUUUUUCAGCCGUACAUGAGGAGCAUCGCAAUGCCAACACAUCUCAAAUUUCAAGACUUUUUCCUUCAGAAUUGUCCCAUACUGAAAAUGACCGGUCGCAUACUGCAAGCGACCGAUCGCCAGAGCCUCCGCCUGAAAAUGACUGGUCGCUGGAAGCAAGUGACCGGUCACUUGAGACUCUGCCUUAA